AACACUUAGGCCACUGGACCAUGUGUUGUCCCCGCCUCCUAGCGACCCAGAUACUGCCAUCAGCAGCAUCCUCUCUCCUCAAGGAGGCAUGCAUGUGAUGCCCGAGGUCCCAGGCAAUUGAGGUCCUUGAUAAGUGAUGUGUGAGUCCUGUGUGUCAUAGGACGCUGCCCACCUCCAGCUGGUGCUGACCAAAGGCCUGGCCACGAGCACUAGAUUGUUCUUUCUCCACCCAGACCUUACUUCUCAGAUCCCCUUUGCCAACUGGAACACCCUCUGACAUGACCCGGAUGCUAUUGCUCAUCUUUAUCAUGGUCCAUCCAGGAUCCUGUGCUCUCUGGGUGUUCCAGCCCCCGGAGAUUCGUACCCAGGAGGGCACCGCUGCCUUCUUGCCCUGCUCCUUCAAUGCCAGCCAAGGGAAGUUGGCCAUUGGCUCUGUCACGUGGUACCGGGACAAGGUGGCCCCAGAGAAGGAAGUGAGGAAUGGGACCCCAGAGUUCAGGGGCCGCCUGGCCCCUCUUCCCUCUUCCCGUUUCCUCUAUGACCAUCAGGCCGAGCUGCACAUCUGGGACACCCAACACUGUGACGCUGGAGUCUACGUGUGCAGGGUGGAGGUGCUGGGCCUAGGUGUUGGGAUGGGGAAUGGGACUCUGCUGGUGGUAGAGAAAGGACCUCCUCGGCUAGGGGCCAGCACAGUCCUCCUCCUUCGGGCUGGAUUCUAUGCCUUCAGCUUUAUCUGUGUGGCCAUGGGCAGCACCAUCUAUUACCAAGGCAAAUGCCACCGUCACCCGGGAACAUGCCGCCACUUCUUAGAUGCCGCUGAUGAGUGA